AUGGAUGCUUUUGAAACUCUGAGCUCUUCGAAGCGCCGUGCGAAAUAUGACAAGCAGCUCGUGGAAGCAGGAAGUGAUGAUGGCCUUCAUGAGGAUGGCUUGGGUCAGGACGACGGACUGACCGUGCAGUCCGCCCUUGACGGCCGCAGGCUUGGCAGGCGGCUACCGAAGACGAAGAGGCACAAGCGAGCUCAGCAAGCGCAGCACCCGGAGCCUGCGGCCGAAGGCGCCGCUGACGUACCUGCUGCCAGCGCCGAUGCUGAGGCAGCCGGUGAUGAUCCCUCGCGCGAUGCUUCUGACGACCUCACCGACCUUCCAAGUGCGCAGCCCCAGAAGCUGCUAAGAUACCUUCUUUCUCGAGAGGACCGUUGGUCCGAAGAUUUGAGGAGGCUUCGAGAGCACCGGCUCGCCGAUCUGCAGAACCUCCGAGAUCUCCUUCGCAAGGAGUUCCCUGGGCACAAGGAAAAGAGACAGGAUGGCGAGUCUGCCAAGAAGCCCCGGUUAAAACGGCUACCUGCACCCGGCGAUGCCAAGUGGCGUCGAAACAAGAACAACAUUCGGGGAGUCUACUGCAUGUCGAAGGGCGGCUAUGGUGCGAACGUCUUCAUCUUCCAGCUUGUGCUCAUGUCUCCAGUAGUACGGACUUUGCAGGAAGCCCUGGAUUUUCACAUGGCGUUCACACAGAUUCGGCAGUGUGUCUACGAGCAGACCGAGGCUGGCUGCUCUUUUCCGGAGGCCUUGACCUCUGCGGUCCAGCGCGUGGAUGAAGAGCGCAUUCAGAGCGGGUUGUUGGCGCUGCCUUUGUACUACUACUCGGUGCUCAGCACUCGGACAAAAAACCUCGUAACGCCAAGCUCCAGAGUCCUUGCGACGGCUCUCCGGUUCUGGACGAUUGCAAAUGGCCUACGGGCCCAGGACCCCGCCGCACGACUCCGUGGGUGGAACGAGGCGAAGCCAACCAUGGUCGCAGAAGCAGUUGCGGAGCGAGAAGAGCGAAAGGUGCGCACUGGCCGACGACGCCGGCUCUGGAUGGCCCUGGUGCAGGCACUUCGGCCGAAGAAGGAACCGAAACCGAAGAAGCACAACCCCUUCCAAACUGCGGCCAUGCUGAAGAAGCGAUGGGGGGUUCAUCGACUUCCUCCCGGCAUCGCCGAAGUUUGCCCGUUCUUAGAAACGGGAGCUGGACAAGACGAGGCUUCCGCAACACGCUGCCUGCGUGCGGUGCUUUCCGGCCGGAAUGGUGAGGAGAUAUCGGGGCAGCCGAGGAUGAGCUUGGUAGCCGCGCAGAAGGACUGGCAGAGGCUGCGUAAACUCCAGGAGAAAGCUGGGGACGAUGCAGUCCGCAAUGCGGUAGCUUCCGCAGAGAUGCAGGCCAUGACCGAUCUGAUGAUGAAUCAGCUCUUCUUCAACUGA